GUUGAAGAGGCUCCACCGUUCCCACCCCUCGAUUCUCCCUCCUUUCUCCUCCCACCAUGCUCCCAAGAACCGAGAGCAUCUUCCACCUGGGGGAGGAAGAAGGUGGUGAGGCUCCAGAGAGUGCAGCCGCCAUCACAGAGCUCGAUUGCUCCAAAUACGAAGGCCUUCGUAUCCUCAUACAGCGUUCGGGACGACCAUCCAACUAUGUCGUCAUCAAGUCUUUGUUGAAGCCAUUCACAUUCACGCCUAUGGUUUCGCCACCACGGUUUGGCUUCCUCAGAGCUUGCUGCUUCUGCAAAAGGGAGCUCAGUCUUCACAAGGAUGUGUACAUGUACAGGGGAGAGCAGGGGUUCUGCAGCGAGGAAUGCCGUCGACGCCAAAUCCUGCAAGAUGAGAGGAGUGAACUCGGAGCGUCGACGAGGGAGAGGUCGAAGGCUCCUCUUCCUCGUCAUGCUUCCACCGGAGUUGAUGAUUCUGGCCGACGCAGGAGGAUCUCAGCAGUAGCCUAGAGAUAAAACCAUCCAUCAAGAAGCACAUCUGAUCUUUGUUUCCUUUCUCGUCUAAAAAGGAAGAGAAAGCUGCAUGUCUUAUGACUCUCGCAUUGUUGUAUGUCAAUAAAAAGAAAUAUGCUUCCAAUUUUACUCA